AUGCUGUCUAGGAGAGCGAGCAAAGGGGCAGCUGUGCUUCUGCGCCCACGGGCUGCCCAACCGAGGAGCAUCGUGCUCCAGCGACGGACCGUUGUGGCUGCGCCGAAACCUGGAGACGGCCCAUUGAUGGAGCGACGGGCGGAUCGAGAACUUCCAGACGUGGAGAAAGGCCGCUUCCGAUGGUCUCGCUCACUCCCCAUAUUCGCCGCAGUGAUUGCCUGCUGCAGCGUCGCCAUAUUCAACUACCAGAAGUCAUCAAGUCCGGUCGUAUCCUCGACGCUAUACUCACUACGGACGAACAGCAAGGCACGGGAGUAUCUGGGCGACGAGAUCUACUUCAAGCAGCAGAUCCCUUGGAUCAGCGGCGAGAUGAACCAGCUGCACGGCAGGAUCAACAUCUCCUUCGCUGUCAAGGGAACCAAGAACCACGGGAUCAUGCGAUUCGCAAGCAAUCGGCCAACAGCCAAGGGCAUGUUCGAGACAACCGAGUGGAGCCUAGAGACAACAGAUGGCAGGGUGAUCGAUCUUCUAGACGAAGGCGAUCCGUUCCAGGGCAUCUCAUUGUCUGGAGAAAUGCUCGAUGACGAGGAUGACACGGCGUCAACCCGAGGGUUUAGGCAAAUGAACAAGAAAUAG